CCCAGAGUUUUCUUUGCUUGCGCGCGCGGCACCGCACGGGAAUCGUGCCGGAGAUGGCCGUGGGUGUGGGCGAUGCCGUGGCGAGCCCACCGGCGAUGUGGUGGGCGGCGGUGGUGGCGGCCGUCGGCGCGUUGCUCCUCUUCUUCCUCCUCGACGCCGGGGCGCGGAGGCUCCACGGGUGGUACAGGGAGGCGGCGCUGGGCGCGGCGAGGCGGGCGCGGCUGCCGCCGGGGGAGAUGGGCUGGCCCGUCGUCGGCGCCAUGUGGGCCUUUCUCCGCGCCUUCAAGUCCGGCAAGCCCGACGCCUUCGUCGCCUCAUUCAUCCGACGAUGCAUGGAGGAGGAGCUAGGGAAUGCUUGCUGGCGCUGCCCCCACUGCCCAAAAGGAGAUGUCUGA